AUGACAGAAGUGAGAAAUGUUGCUGAUUCGCCAGCCAAGGCACCGACGGUAACACCAUCGCCUCCAAACGAAUUGGAUGUUGGUGGCCAAUCUGAGGUCGACGACGGAGACUCAUCAUUUCAAUCAGAUGCGUCAAGUUCAACAGCAUCAGUCUCUGAGAGUAUCCUCGAAUAUCGCCGAAUCCAUGGACGAACCUAUCAUAGCGACAAGUACAGAAGUGAACACGUUUUCCCCAAUGAUGAACAGCAGAUGGAAUGUGUUGAUCUAUCUCAUCACUACCUCUUGCUUCUUCUCGAAAGCAAACUCUUCCUUGCCCCGAUCAAAAAUGAUGUUCAGAAUGUACUUGACGUUGGGACCGGAAGUGGUAUCUGGACGAUGGACUUUGGGGAUCAACAUCCAGAUGCUGAAGUGAUUGGCACGGACCUUUCACCUUGCCAGCCUCAAUGGGUUCCGCCUAAUGUUCGCUUCGAGAUAGAAGACGCCAGUCAAACUUGGACAUGGGAAGAUGGCCACUUUGACUUUAUCCACAUCCGAUACCUGUUUGGUGCGAUCGCGGACUGGAACCAUAUUUUCGAACAGGCCCACCGUUGUUGCGCACCCGGAGGUUGGGUCGAGUCUGUUGAGGCCGAUCUUCGGUUUCGCAGUGACGACGGGACUAUAGACCUAGAGCCUGUCUGGGGGACAGCUAGCAAGUUGUUGGAAGAAGGCGGCAAGGUCAUGGGACGUCCGUUUUUUGUCCAUGAACAACAGCAAGAAGGCAUUGAGAAGGCUGGUUUUGAAGAUAUCAAGGUGGUGGACUACAAGGUUCCCAUCGGUGGAUGGCCCAAAGACCCAACCUUGGCUGAAGUCGGUCGCUUCAUGCUACAGACACUCGAGAACGACUUGGAAGGAUACUCAUUCGUGCUAUGGAACCAUGUUCUCAAGUGGCCCAGUGAUGAAUACCAGAUAUUCCUCAUGCAGGUGCGCAAGGCCUUGCGAAACCGCAAAGUUCACAGUUACAUCAAGGUCCGGUAUGUUUAUGGCCGCAAGCCGGAGUAA